CUUCGGGGCGGGCUGACUGGGGCUGCGAGUCCGGCUCCGGCCACGCCCCUCGCCUCCGUCCCCGCGCGGACCGCCGCCCCCGCAGCGCCCCCUGGGGGCCGAGGCCGGGGCGGGGUCUCGCGCCCUCGGCGGAAGGAAGGGGCCGGCCGGGACGAGGCAGGACUCGCCGUUAGGCCCCGCGCUCCCCGAGCCAUGGCGCCGGCUCUGUGGCGGGCCUCCAACGGGCUCAUGGCCGCCUUCUUCGCGCUGGCGGCCUUCGUGCAGGUAAAUGACCCAGAUGCAGAGCUGUGGGUGGUGGUGUACACAAUACCUGCAGUACUGACCCUGCUUGUUGGACUUAACCCUCAAGUCACAGGUAAUGCUAUUUGGAAAAGCGUCUCUGCAAUACACAUGUUGUUUUGUACGGUGUGGGCCGUCGGCUUGGCCUACUACCUCAUGCAUCAUACACAACAGAACAUCUUACAUGAGGAAGAAGGCAGGGAGCUGUCUGGUCUGGUGAUUAUUACAGCGUGGAUGAUCCUGUGCUGCAGUUCCUCAAAGAAUCCAGCUGAUGGAAGAAUUCAAUUGGCCAUUGCCAUUGUAAUCACACUUUUCUCAUUUAUCUCAUGGGUCUACGUAUCUGUUAACGAGGAAAUGCGAUCCUCCUGGCCAGCUCAUUGCAAGACAGUAAUUUAAAUAAAUUUAAGAAUUUCGUUUUUAAAAU